AUGACGAUAUCUUCUGUUCUUGAUACUCAUCGGAAACGUGUAUCUGACACUCUUUCCGAAUCCAAUAAAGUAGUUUCUCGAGGAAUUGAUAGGAUUAAUCAGAUACUAUGUGAUUUGAUUCGUAGUAUUAUGAUGAGAUUAGAUUCGUCUAGUUUUGCCAGAUGCAAGAGUGUUAGCCCUAUCUGGAAGAAAAUGUUUAGUGAUAGAGUUCUCCAAUUGUCUGUUCGAGAAUUUCAUGCACAAAACAAUGAUGAAGUUGUUAUUUUUGGAUGCAAGUAUAUCAAAGGAGUGCAUCAACCGCAUCCAAUCACUUUUGUCGAUGUUAACCUAUUUAAUGGCAACGUUUUUGGGUUUUCAACAGAUGAAGUUUUAACAGUUGAUGAAUACGGAGUCAAUUCCAUGCUUCCAAUAACUACAGACUUGAUAUGUUUGAAAACCAAGUAUACUAUCAAACUUCUAAAUCCAACAUCUGGUCAGUGGACGAAUCAAAUGAUAGGAAAAAUAUUUUCAUGGAGUGUAGAUCAAGUGUUGACACCUUCUACACAAAAUUGGAAUUUUGUGAAUAAAAGAUGUCCAACCAUUGUUGAUGGAGACUGGCUUCGGUGUCCCAAUAGCUCGAAUAAACAGAUUGAGUUGCUGGAUUUAAAAGGGAAAAUUUGUGUUUGCAAUCCAGAGUACGUCAGGUAUUCAAAAAUGUUUGAAUUAUGGAGUUGCAAUCAGGAUGAUCGUGGUAAUUGGUACUGGAAAUCUGAAUACAACAUUAAGAUCCACUUGGAUAUAGGUCUGUCUUCCGCUCCGUUUUCUGAACCUUAUUUUCAUACAUGGGGUAGGCCAUUGUUUCUAUGUCCAAAAUCGUCUGACAGAGGAGAAUUUCUGGUUACUUCAACUCGAAGAAGUGAGUAA